AUGAGUGUGAUUGUUGAUUCUGAUGCAGAGAAUUCAAAGUCGUGCUAUUGUGUAUGUUGUUGCGCGUUUGCGGUUGAAGAUCGACAUUAUGGCAUUGAUGCAGAAAGAUGUUGUGAUUUAGUUGUUGACGCAGGAAGAAUUGAAGAGCUAAAGCUGCAAGGAAGGCUCCGAGAAGAUGUCAAGAUGAUGAAGGAUUUGAAGAGGUAUUGUAGAGAGAAAGAGUCGAAAGAAGCUGAACAAAGAUUGAAGCUCGAAGGUGAUGAUGCAGAUUGUGACAUGUAUGCUCGUGUUGUGCAGAUUCAUUGGGCUGCGGGUUUAUGUUUAUAUGCAAGGUCUGGUUUUUGUAAUGAGCAACAUGAAGCAUGGUGUAAAGCUGGAAUAGUUGAAGAGAAAUGGUGCUUCAAGACUUAA